CGUUAUCAGAAUUCAUAAAAAAUAAAAUUUUCACACACUGCCAAUAAGACUAAAAAGUAACACGUGCUUAAUGCAUUGAAACAUGAUCACGGUUGUUUUUGUUAUCGUUUGCUUCCGUCCUUCGUCAUGCAAAUAAACGAAGUCCACUACAAAAUACAUACAAAUAACGAAUGAAAGAGCCAGCAGGGAAUUCGCAGUACAAUAGAAAAUCUAAUCGCACACAGGUACCUAAGUUUUUAUAAACUAACCAGAAAAACUACAGCUAAUGUGGAGAUUGGAGACUACAGACUAGGCUGCCACUGCCACUGCCAUACUGUUAAUGAUUAUUAAGAAUAAGACUUUCAACCAAAUCGCAUGUAUGUUGUAGCAUUUACCCAGUUUAUUUUGAAAACCUAAUCUAUUAACAUAAACGUACACUAUGAAAAUUAUAUGUGUUGUGCAGUGAAAAUACAUACAUCAUUGUAACGAUGGAUGUGGAAAAAUCAAAAUAUCGAGUAUUCGUGUGCAACUUGAGCCCAACCACCUCCGAUAACGAAUUCGUAUCGUAUUUUCAAUCCCAAUACGGUGGUGUGGAGGGAGCAAAAAUUAUACGAGAUUCCAAUGGACGGUCCAGGGAAUUUGGUUUCAUUAGUUUCGUCCAUUCGUCAUUUGUCGAGCGAGUGGUUUCUCAAAAAUAUCACACAAUAAAUGGAACCAGAGUCGUUUGCAAAAUCGCAUCUCCUAGAAAGAAAAAUCAAAAUAUCACCAAAAAUAAUGCAGCACCUAAACAUUUAAGGGAAAUAUACAUAAGAAAUUUGGAUACCAACACGACACUGCAACAAAUGAAGGAUUAUUUUUCAUAUUUCGGUGAGAUAGAACACGCAUUUAUUGUAUCCGAUGAAAAUCAAAGAUCUUUAGGUUAUGGUUUCAUUGACUUUCAAAACCCUUCAUCAGUCGAUAUGGUUCAAGAACAAAGACCUCAUAGCAUAAACGAAAGACAACUUCAAAUUUCUAGAAGUUAUUCCAGAAACGUCCCAGCACGUUUGAAGAAACCUUCCACCGUCCUUUACGUCGCAAAUUAUGACGACCGCGUCGACGAAAGCAUUAUCGAAGAAUAUUUUACCCAGUUUGGAGACAUUAUUUAUGUAUCACGUACAAAAAAACGCUCACAGGAUAAUGUAACAUAUUUUAUGGAAAUACAUUUCGACGAUUACGAUGCAGUUGACGUGAUCUGUUUGGCCGAUAGUCACACCAUCAAUGGUUGCGCCAUUACUGUUUCGAAAUACUUGGAAUAUAUUUUAGAGAAAUUACAAAAUCAGCAACAACCGAACGUUUCAACAUCAAAUCUUCCUCAGAAAUCAGAAGAUAUUCAUCACGAUCAUUUUGGAAACCAUCAACAGACUGUGCAUUCUUCUACUUCUCAUUUGUACCAACAGGAGCCUGAAAAUAAUAACAACGAUGAAUGCUCAGAUUGCUGUGUUAUUUUGUGAUUUAUUUUUCUCCUCGUGAACGAGUAUGGAAAGAGAUAUGUACUUACUCAAACCCGAGUGGAUUUUCUUAUACUUCUGGGUCUUGCUAUGGCCAUUCAAUCCUAAACAUACAGAAUAAUUUUGUUUAAAAUUAUUGGAUCUGAAUUGUUCAAUAUUUUAAAAAUACGUCGAUUAAAUUUUGAUCAGAAUUUAUGAUGUCAUGAGA